AUGAAUAAAGAUAAAACGCCAAAGUCCCUCACGGCGUCAAAUUCAGCAUAAUCGCUUAAAAUUUCAUAAACUUCUAAUUAAAAUUAGGAUUAUACUAAAUAAGCUAAAGGUAGCACAACCCCCAAAAGUUCUCAAAAUCUUUCUCUAUAAUAUGAUGAAAAAAAGAAAACACAAUUAACAUCUUCUUAGAAGUUGACUUCAUCAACUUAGUCUCCUAAAGGCGUCCCUUAAUUAAAACUAACUUCAAGUGGACAUACAAAUUCACCAAUUAAUAAAACCCCAAAAUAAAAUAUAGGAAGUUAAACCCCCCAAGCAAGCUAAUUUUCAUAUUCAAAUUAAAAGAACAUCAUUAAAACAGAUAAACCUACUACUCCUAGGAUUCUAAAAAAGAAAGUUGGAACUAAAUCAAAUGACCAGAAAAUAAUUGAUAAUAAAGGUACUAUGAAUGUUGCAAGUCAAUAAGCGUAAUCAACAUAUUUUUCUGAGAGACUGCUCACUAUUUAGCCAAAAAUUGAGGGAUUAUCUUUAACUUAUUUAAAAACUAAAAAAUACAUUGCUAGUGGAUAAUAUUCUCGAAUAUAUCAAGUUGUAGAUGAAAAUUUUUUAGUUUCAUAAGGUAAAGUUGAUACAAAUAAUCCUAACAACUAUUAUGCUUUGAAAGAAAUUUAAAAGGCGAUAAUUAAAGAAAAUAAGUUGACAAAUAGAAUUCAGAGUGAAAUAGAAAUUAUGUAUAAAUAAUAGAAUAAUGAACAUAUUAUCAAAUUAUACACCCAUUUUGAAGAUAGCUUUACUGUUUAUCUUGUUAUGGAGUAUGUCGAAGGAUGGAACUUAAAGUAGCUUUCCUAUGUUUAAACAUUAGAUAAAAAUUUAAAGAUUUCAAUCAUAUCGCAAAUUGGGUAGGGAAUUAAGUAUUUACAUGAGCAAAAUAUUAUUCACAGAGAUCUUAAACCUGAUAAUAUUCUUAUAAGUAAUAAUAACUAAGUAAAAAUAUCUGAUUUUGGAUGGAGUAAUUAUUUCCCUUAAAAUAAUAGAAAAAGAAUCACUAGAUUAUAGACACCUCAAAAUAAAUUCUCACCUUUUGUGUGUCCUGAUAUUACACUAAUGAUGGGACACUCUGAAAAAGUAGAUAUUUGGUGUUAUGGUAUGCUCAUUUACUUUAUAUUAAGCGAUGGUAAUUAUCCCUACGGCAUACCUGAAAACUACAUCAGUGCUGAAUAAUCAGUAAUUAAUAAUGCUGAAGCAAAUAUGAGAUAAAAUAUAUUUUUAUUUGAUCCUAACAUAGAGUUGUAAUUUCCAAAAUCAACAGAACUUAUUUCAGCAAUGUUGAAUAAAGAAUAAAAUUAAAGACCUACAAUUAUUGAGGUAUUAAAUCAUUAAUUUUUCAAGUGUUAGAAAGCUUUAUCUGAAUUAGAAGGAGAAAAUAAGCUUAAUAAUUCUAAUCCUGCAAUGAAAGCCAAUAUUCUAGAAGAAUUUAGGCUUGAAUCUCCUUCCAAACGCCUUAUGCCUUAAGAAUCAGCAAGAGAUUAACCUAAAGAUCAUGUUAAAAAUGAGGGUGAUACUAUUCUGCAGAAAAUAAAAGAAGAGAGCAAUUAAAGUGUUAGGAUAUCUAUAGCCAACACUGAGAAGAAGAAUUUAAAUAGAAUAUCUCUAAAUGAAUUAGUUAAGAAUAUGAAUGUUCAGCAAAGUUCUAGUGUUAUAGAUGGUAUCAGAAGCAGCAUUCCGAGGAUGAGCUUUGCUCUAAAUAAUACUGGAAAUAACACAAAUGAGAUAAGAAAGACAAUUAAGAAAGAGCAAGAGAGUUACAAAACAAUAGAAGAAAUUAAUUAAUUAAUUAUGCACGACGAGAAUCUAUUAGAUAAUCCAUUCGAGUCUGAUUAGAAUUAAAGUCCCUCAUAAUAAUCCAAUCAAAAAUAAAAUAUUGGGAUUUAAAAUAAUAAUUUAAUACUAGGUGUUAGUGAUCCUAUGUUUAAUAGGCUUUCCUACAAGUAACAAAAAGAGUAUUUAGAAAAUGAUUAUUAAAAAGAUUUAUAGAAAAAACUUGAUGAAUAAAUUUAAGUAAUGCUAGAAUAAGAAAGAUUGUAAAGAGAAGAAGAGCAAAGAAAACAAGAGGAAAUGAAAAGCGCUUUAGAUUAGCUAACUUCGGUAAUGGCUGAUUUAUUAAAAAAUGAUGAACAGCUACUUCAAUAAGAAUAAGAAGUUUACCAAAAUAAACUCCAUGCACUCAAAGAGGAAGAUAAUGAAGAAGAUGAAGAAGGUUAUGAUCAAUAGCCUUAUAAAUAUAAAUACUAAUAGCAAGAUGAAUCACCUCAUAAAGAAGAAGAAGAAGAAAUUAAUGAAGAAAAUAAAGAUUCAUUACAAGAAAGUCAAAAUCGCGAUUCCUCUUAGGAACAUCAAAUUGAUUUUGAUAAGUUCGAAUAAUUUAAUCCAAAUUAAGUAGAUACUUAAUCUUAAAUAAAGUAAAAGCUAAAAUAAUAGAAACAUUAGUAGUUAGAAGUGAUAAAUGAAUCAAAUAGUGAAUCUGUUGGUUAAAGUUCUACAUUUACUACUUAAAACUAAAUCUAGGAAAGUACUUAAUACUCUAAUUAUUAAUAAAUUGAUUCCAGCAUAGCAGUUCCUUUAUCAGGUAUAGAAUAAAGCAAUGUAGUUCCACUGUAAGGAAUUCAAGAUAGUAAUGCAAUCCCUUUUCAAGAAAUGUAGCAAAGUAAUGUAGUUCCAUUACAAGGUAUUUAAGAAAGUUAUGUAGUACCUUUUAGCGGAAAAUAAGACGAAGGAUUAUAAAAAAGCAAUACUUUAGAAAGUUUAUAACCAAUAACUCCUAUUAAUAAGAAAGAAUCAAAAACCAAUCUUAAAAAGAACUCAAGCUAAGUCAUUUAGAAAGUGUUUUCUUAAAUAUUUGGAGAAGAAAACCUUUUAGAAAGAGAAUCAAAAUUCAAAGGAAGUAAUUUAGAAGAUGAAUUCUUGAUAAAAAAUGCUAGCUUAUUUUUAAAUCUAAAAUAAAAUUAAAGUAUUUCACAAAAUAAAGAUAAUUCUUAGUAAGAACAGGAUUAAAAGAGCCAAGCAAAUAUAUCAAAAGAAAUUUUUAAAUAAAACAAAUUGCUUUUGAAUAGCCUUAAAGACAAUCCUACUGAAAUUAACAACAUUUUAGAAGAAAGGCUUAAAGUUCUAAGAGGAGAGAAAGAUGAUUUAUUAUAAUCUAUAUAAGAAUCCUAAAAAGAUGUAGAUAGGCUGAAGGCAUACUAUCUUAGAAAUAAAGAUUACAGAUUAAAUGACUUAGACUGUCCUCUAAGCUUAAAGACAUUCAUGACUAUUACAGAUAUAGAAAAAUGUUAAAAUCUUGAAUUUAUUAAAUAUCAAAAUAAAGAAAUAAUUGAUGAACUCACUGCAGAAAAAGAAUAAAAGAAUAAAAUUUUGGAAAUGUAACAAAAAGCUGGGCAAGUUAUUGCCUUAAAAUGGGGUGAAUUAUAAUUAAAAGCAUAAGAGCUUAGAGAUAAACUUGAUCAAAUUUAAGAACAAGAAAGAAAUAUGGAAGAAAUGAACUAAAAAAUAUCUGUGCUAAACAAAUAAAUUUAAAAAUAUAAAUAAUUUUAAGAUUUAGAGCAACUAAAGGAUUCUAUUCUUAAUUCUAGAGAUUCUUUUAAUGGGUUAGGAGGUGAUCACUAAUAUGAGGAAUCAGAGUUAAAAGAGUUGUUGUAAAAAGUCUCUACUCUUAAUAAAAAUCCUGUCAUUUAAUAAGCUAUCAGCUAGUAUCCUACAUUAAGAGAUAGAUUAAGAGAGCUGGAUCAAAAAGAAUAUAAAAUUUUAUAAGAGUAAAUCAAUAUAGCCGCAGAAUCAUAUGAAGCUGCUAAAUAGGAGUUUGAAAAGAGAAAAGAAGAGAUUGAGUAGCAAUACUAAUAGAAAAAGAACUUACAAGAUUAAUUUUAUUCUGCCAAAAUAUAAGAACUAGAUUUAAAAAUAUCUUGUGUUAAGGCAAAUAAUAUUACUUUAAUAGACUAAGCUGAGCUAGAACAACAAAGAUAAGUUAAAAAACAUCUAGAAUAAGAAAUACAAUAGCUAGAAGCUUGGAUCGAAAGUUAUAAAGAAAAAUAAAUAAAUAAAUGA